AGAGAGGGGGUUUGGUGUUUCAGCAGUUCACGGGCGCACAGCAGCACUUUUUCACAGCUUCACGGUGGUUUAUAUGCUCAGGGGGAGAAGUGCACAGGGUAAUCUAGGAAAAGGGUGGAGCAAGUAAAGAGGACAUUACAAGCACAGUUCAUGCCAGAUUCUCUCACGUUUCAGUGUUUGUCUUGACUGCUAGUGGAUUAAAGGAUAAUGCUGAGCCUUAUCAAACUACCUCGAGUUUUAACCAUCAACCAAGUUCCAAAAGUGUUCCACGAGGAUGGGAUCAUAUCUGGGUAUCGAUAUCCAUACAGCUCAGCUAAAGACUGUGUUCUUAGCAUCUUCCAGCUAACUAAUGAAACCCUCAACAUUUGGACCCACUUUCUUCCUAUAUGGUUCUUCGUGUGGAAGCUCCUUAUGGUGCUAAUAGAGGAAGAUUGGCAGGACUCCUACUCUUGGCCUUUUCUUGUCUUCCUGUUGUCCUGCUGCUUGUACCCACUGGCUUCCAGCUGUGCACACACCUUCAGUACCAUGUCUGAACGUGCCAGACAUAUCUGCUUCUUCUUCGACUAUGGAGCACUAAGCUUCUACAGCUUAGGUUCUGCCAUCACGUACUCCUGCUAUAUAUUUCCUGAGAAAUGGGUGAACAGCACUUUCCAUAAAUAUUACAUUCCCAUUGCAACGCUCAACUCUAUCCUCUCCACUGGACUGGCCUGUUACUCAAGGCUCGGAUUGCCUUUCAUUGAGUACAACUACCAUAUAAAUGAAAGGUCUGUUGAGAAAACAAGUGUGAAACUAGGGAAAACUCUGCGGAUUGUGUCCUUUGCAUUUCCGUAUCUCUUUGACAAUAUCCCCUUGUUCUAUAGGAUUUUUGUGUGUGUUGGAGAGGGUUGCACAGUCAACGAAGCCACUACUGUUCACUACCAGCACACUGCACUGGCACUACUUACAGGAUUCCUCUUUGCCUCACACCUACCUGAACGCCUGGCACCUGGAAGUUUUGAUUAUAUAGGACACAGUCACCAGCUCUUUCAUGUAUUCGCAAUCCUUGGCACAUACUUCCAGCUCGCUGCAGUUGAGCUAGACAUGACCUUACGGAAGCAAUGGCUUCUGACUCAUUCACAACCUAUUACCUUCACCAACACCGUGGGCGCAGCAUUACUUUGUGCAGCCUUCAGUCUAUGUAUAAUCUCUAUCUUCAGUAAGGCACUUUUCUGCACAAGGAUUUGGAAGGACAGCGAUUUGAAAAGGUCACAUUUUACUGCAGUUUCUGACUCGCAGCACGCAAAAGCGUGUUUUAUUUUAAGACAGGAAAAAUUAAGCUGAGGGAUUGUCUUCAUGGACUGAAACAUGUUCCAUACAAGACCGUGCUAUUUGUAUUAAUCAUUUGAGAUCUCUCAUCGGAGAUCUGUUGAUUUUGAUUUUAUUAUAAAAUGGCCUCAAGUUGAAAACUGGAAAUGAGGAUUCAUACUGUGCCUUUUGCUGGGUGUGUUUACAAUUAUGACACUCGGUAUGUGGUUUUUGCUCAAGACCUGGAUUCCCUAC